GUGUCAAAGCUCAGUCCUCACAUAAAAUGCAACACAUAGUCUCAAAAGUUUGCAGAAGAACACAGUUGUUAUUGCUUUUGUCAAAUUAAAAGCAUGAUUUGAUUGUAUCUCGUAUUUCUUCGCAUCUACCAACGAUGGUUGCCCCAUGGGAAGUUUUGAUCAUUCUAGGUUUUUUAUGCAGCACAGAAUCAAAGUGUUCACCGACUACUUUUUAUAAGAACUGCUGGAUUCGCCGUUUCCCCGGGAUUUUUAUUGAUGUAAUUGAGUCUCAAUGGAAAGGCGCUCAACUUCAGAAGUUUUACCGCGAAGACACUGCACAGAAGUGCAGCAGGACAUGUUGCCUUGCUAGAAAUGUGUCCUGUAACCUAGCAGUCUUUCAUUAUGAGACCACUCAGAACACUGCUAACUGCUUUCACUUACACUGCCCAACCCUGGAGAGUUGUGUACACAGCCGGAGCAGCAAUACCAUUCUGUACACCAUUACCAAAGGUAUUGACCCAGACCUACUUGUAUUUGGAAAACACCCCACCUCAAGUCUCCGCUUGUGGACCAACCUGUCGUCUUCAAGAUUCAACAGCUCUGAUUCCUCUUCUUCUGACAAGAGACAGUUCCACCGGCUGCCAUUCUCCACCAACCCUGCACAGACCUCCCUUCCAAGUAUCCAUGAGAGCCUGCUACCAAGCACUAGCUGGGAACCAAGCAGCAGCAGCGGCAGCAGCACAUCUACCCCUGUACCUACCAUAACUACAUGGGCCAGUUCAUCCACUACAGUGGUUAGUGUCCCUAAUGAGACCCAACCCACUAUAGGCUAUUCUAGUAGAACCACAACCACCACUCCCAGUUCUACUACUACCACUGCCAGCCUUUCUGCGGAAACCCACCCACAGUUCACAGCAGCCUCUACUGUAACCAAGCCCUACUCCAACAUUGCUGCUAUACCGAGUAAUUUAGACAGCAGUAAGUACCCCAAUGAGACUAAAGGCUACGUCAGCAGGAACCACACUUCUGAAGAGGAGCCCAGCACUCUGGCACCGUUCUGGGAGGCGGCAACGGACACACUACUGGUUCCCGUGAUGAUUUGCAGUGCCGUAUUUGUGUGCUGUUGCACCGUACUCUGUGCUGCAGGUUGGCGCAGCAGAAAGAGAGGUCGCUACAAGCCGGGGUGGAAAGCGGACAGGGGCUCCAUGCGUUUGAUAAAAUAUGUGAUGGUUAGGGAAAGCCUGUAAUUCUAAACUGAAGGGAAGUUUUGCAAGGGAAGAUUGAUCAUGAUUCCCCUUUAUCUUUGGCCUUUUAUUGACAUUGUCCUCCAUCACUAUGAAGAGCCUUGAGAUCAGUUUUUGUUUGCUUAC